UGACUUUCUGCACAGAGCAGCAUGGAUGUAGUGUAUGAGGGACUACAGCAUGAUAAUAAGACCGAAUGGAUGUCUUCGCAGAACGAUGUUCAGCUCACACCAACUAAAGAAGAUUUAUCUGAUUCACUUGUACCUGUUGUUAAACAAGAGGAGAAUGUGGAAACAGUAACUCCAGAAACCGAAUCAGACAGUGAGGCCAAGCUGAUGUCGUCUGUGAAUGGUGAUCCAUUUGUUGAUGUGAAACAAGAAGAGAUAUCUGAACCAUUCAGUUUUGUUUCUGUUGAGGAGGAGCUGCUAUGUAAUGGUUCUGAAGUAGUAAAGUUUGAGAUGGGACCAGAUCCACCUGCUGACAGACCUUUCGCAUCGCCAAAUCUUCAGUGAUAAUGGUGUGCACCGUCAUCUUAUCAAUGCCAACACGAUCUGCAAUCAUGCGCACACUUAACCGACGGUCUGAAUUGAGUACGUCACGCACACGUUGCACGUUGUCGUCGGUUCUUGACGUCGACGGCCGUCCACCGCGGGGCUCAUCCUCCACACUCUGUCGGCCACUUUUGAAGAGCUUGUGCCACUUAAAAACUGCAGUUUGUGACAUGCUUUCAUCCUUGAACACUUGGCGAAUCAUGCCCAGCGUCUCCGUACCCGAUUUCCCCAGUCCAACACAAAACUUGAUGGCGUACCUCUGUUCAAUCGUUCGCUGCAUUUUGCGCUUCACCGACUCACUCGACAGGGGUCCACUGAAAACACGGCCUGACCUCUAUGAACGCACUCAGGCGAAUGGCACUUGGCGCGUGUUAAAGGUUAGACCGGUUAGACCCCCACUACCACGCCUGCGCGGUGCGAGCGUGCUGCGGUGUACAGUCACUUAAGGGAAAGAUUUUUCCCGAUACUUUUUAUACGGACCUUGUAUG